GGGCAAAAAGGAGACCGACCGUCUAGUCCCGUUAUUAUUCCAUCACCAAACUCCCUUCACACGGGGGAAAUUUAGCGUUUUUCUUCGGUCUACUUCUUCCGUUCUUCCCUUAAACGUGAAUAGUGUCCAUCAGAGGACUAUUUUUUUUUCAUGAAGAGUAAGGAUCUGCUUUACAAUCCGGCAGACCAUCAAAGCUGCUGGAGGCUGAACACUGAUCUACAGUAGUCAUGGUCCUGAAGAUCUUCUUCCCACAGUGCUGUAACCGGGCAGACAGCGGGCUGCUGGUGGGCCGCUGGAUCUCUGGUCAUGACUCAGCCGUGGUGCUGGCGGUCAUCCACUACCCGUUCAUCCCCGGCCAGGUCAAACAAUACGUCCAAAAGAUGCAGGCCCAAAGCGGGGUGGAGCUGUCAGUGCUGGGCUCCUGGAGUUUACCCAAAGAGGGUCAGGAGGGCAUGGAAAGCUUCCUCAGGGACCUCAGCACCAUCUUCCCCCAGGAACGCUGGCUUCAGAUCAGACGUCAGAUGGGAAAGACGGGCUUCACCUGUGAGAUCCUCAAGCAGGGUCCAAAUGGAAGAAUAGCUGAGCGUAAGGAAAAAAAGAAGCAAGAGGAAGCGGAUGGCGGGGAUGGAGAAGAGGAGGAUGAGGAGAAGGUCAUCUUUGUCCACUACGAGCAGAGGAAGGUGAUGCUGUCGCAGCUUCACCCCAUUCAGAGUGGAGACCGAGACCCUAAAACAGAUCCGCCGUCCGAGCUGAGACAGAUGUUCCAGACGGUGGCCCGCAGCCAGCCUCUGUUCUUCCUGGACAGAUAUGAUGACGGACCACUGAAGUCGACACACUGGCAGUCUGAAGGCAGAGAAGCCAGCAUCAUCGUAGAGCUGCUGAAACAGGCCUCUGUGCCGCUCUGCAUGCUCAUCGGCUGGCUGCUCUCCAUAUGGACGUGGGUCUGUAACAUCCGGAUCUUCAGUCUUUACCCGCUGCGCUUCCUGUCCAGUAAACUGUCCACGUGUGUCCAGCUCAGCUACAGAACCGAGCACAUGAGGACGAUCAGCUCGCUGAAACCAGCCACUGAUCACACACAGUUCAUGAGGAAAGCCAACAUCUUGGUGUCGUUCCUGGUGGACGUGGCUCUCGGCGUGUUGCUGAUGUCGUGGCUCUACAGAGACAACCACAUCACCAUGCUGGCCAACACCCUGGUUCCUGUAGCUGAUCAUGUGUCUAAAGAGCUUGAAGAACUGCUGCAGUGGCUGAUGGGAGCUCCAGCUGGGCUGAAGAUGAACAGAGCUCUGGACCAGGUUCUUGGCCGUUUCUUCCUUUACCACAUUCACCUCUGGAUCAGCUACAUCCACCUGAUGUCUCCGUUCAUUGAGGGGAUCCUGUGGUACGGAGGACUGUCAGCCUGCUUCGGCCUCACCUUCGCCCUCUCUCUGCUCUCCGACAUGGUGGCUCUGCUCACCUUCCACAUCUACUGCUUCUACGUCUAUGGAGCCAGGUUGUACUGUCUGAAGAUCUACGGCCUCUCGUCCCUCUGGAGACUCUUUAGGGGUAAGAAGUGGAACGUCCUGCGGCAGAGAGUGGACUCCUGCUCCUAUGACCUGGACCAGCUCUUCAUUGGAACGCUGCUCUUCACCAUCCUGCUGUUCCUAUUGCCAACCACGGCGCUCUACUACCUAGUCUUCACUCUGCUGCGGCUGGUGGUGGUGCUGUUUCAGGGCGUCCUCCACCUCAGCGUGGAUUUCAUCAACUCCUUCCCCCUGUUCGCCGUGGCCCUCCGCGUCUGUCGGUCCUACAGGCUGGCAGAAGGCGUAAAGUUUAGAGUGCUGUGUGACGAGCCGGGAUCUGCCCUUCACCUGAUGAUGGAGAUUAACCCUCUGAAGGGCAGCGCUGCGGUUCAAACCUACCGUACUCCGACCUACAGCUGCUACCCCAAAGACUCGUGGGGCGCCCUGGUCAAGAAGCUGUUUGUCGGAGAGCUGAUUUACCCCUGGAGACACAAAACCACCAAGACUGACUAAGACGCGUGAGCCAGAAGUGUGGCGAUGACGAGGCGGAGAAAAGGGAAGAGACUGAAUAAAUGAUGAGAUUGAAACAGACAGAAGACCUUUGAGAUGUGCUGCUUUUCCUUUCUAAGGCACAAACGUCGGCGUGUCAACUGAAGCUGCCGAAUCAUAAGAGAUAUGUUUUACAGCGCAGUGAACAGAAACUAAAACCCGGCGAGUAGUCACAUCCUGCUGUAGUGUUUUUUUAAGAGCUGUGAUCAUGAAGGUGAAAGUCCUUUACUUAUCAUUCUGCUGUUUGAAAGAUAUAUUCUUUUCUUUUCACCGAUCAUGUUUUUUUUGCGAGGGACCAAGAAAAUUCCUUUAUUUGUCUCUGAAAGUAGGGCAGCAGGAUACAUAAUAAUGAAUUAUUAUUUAACACUUUACCCGCGUGGUUAGAAUGCACUCCUUUUACUUGAUUUUAUAUUUCUUGAUUAUAUUUUAUCUCAGUUUAGGGUUUAGGUGUGUGAUUGUAGAGGCCGGGUCAUUUGAUGCAGCCCCCCAUCACUCAAACGACCCUCAGGGGACCUGGAGGUCUAAUGAUGGUCCCACUGAGCUCAGACCAGAUGGGAUGGUGUGUCUCUGCAGGAUGUUGUGGUAACCAUGUUUGUUGUGUCUCCUGUCGAAACAUUUAGCCACCUGACCUUGGGUAGCUAAACAAUUCAAGGGAAGUAAACAGUAUUUUUAUUCAUAAAAAAGCUGUUACUUUAAAUCCUGCUGGUUAAACAUCAGUUAUUGUGUGUUCACUUUUAUAUCGCGAUACACAUUUGAAGAUCAAAUAAUAAUAACUGGACAAACUAAUUUUUUUUUUUAUUAUUAUUUUAUUUUACAUAGUUUUUUAGUCUAAAUGAUGUUUUUUUUUUCUAUCACCAUGUUACCUCUAUAAAUUGGAACUACUUGACAGAUGAUUACUAGAUGUUAAAGUCUGUUUGUGUAUGCUUAAUAAUGACAUUUUUGAUUGAAUAUUUGAUUAGUUGGUUAACUGUUUCCUCCUGUGUCCGGCCGUCGUUAGGCUAAACACACUCCAACUAACUGUAGCCGACGGCAGGCAUUAAUUAAAAUUGUUGUUUUAACGUGUAUCAUUCUUUUAUUUCAAACUAGUUUUUCGCCUCCUUUUGUCAUUUGUAAGAAUUAAACUGGUAACUGUGCAUUUUUAUCUAAAUUACAUUUUAAUUACAUGCUCCAUUGAUCAUGAUGUCCAUACACUGCAAAUAAAAAAAAUGAUUUCAUGGGUAAUAACUGUAACUCUGAAAUCCUCUUUUAACUCAGUCAAUCAAUCAAAGUGCCAGUCCGUACUUUUAACACGGUAGCAGUAUGAUUAUUGGCAUAUUUCAGGCCUGUCACACUUCAAAAGCGCUUUAAUGGUUUCAGUCAAGCUGGUGCAAGUCUGUAUCUUUCAUUCAUUAUUUGUGUAGGUUGUUCAUCCUCAGGAGAUUGUUCUGGCAAAGCUGAAGGGAGAGAUGAGUCAUUAUAAAAACCAAUCUGACACACAUACAAUCACACUCAUCCUACUACUGUAUAUCAUAUUUCAUAAUAUUCAGGCUAUGGUUACGCAACACCAAUAAUAUCGUGGGAAAUGGGACAAAUAUGAUAUUUUUCACAUUUAAUUAAGUGAAAUUCAAAUAAGACUGAUAAAUUGUGACUGUAAACCACCCUUCAGAAAUAUUCAUGUGGCAAUAUACAAAUUCCAGUGUGUGUGUGAGAUUUAAACCUAAUUUUGUAUUCAGCAUUUCAGGAAAUAUAUGUUGUGAAUCACAUGGAAUGUUGGUGCCAUUUCAUUUAAUCUCAGUUUAACCUAUUUUUGUGUAUUCUGAUGUUCAGAGAUUAAUUGAUACGAUGUUCUUCUUCGCGGUGUCAAUAAUGUCUUUAAUUUACAUUAAAAAUCGCUAAAAGAG